GUCUCGCUCUCCCAGCUGCAGUUGGUUUCUCGCCUCUCUCUCGGUUUGUCCGGCUGUUUAUCCGGUUGUUUAUCCGGUUGUUUCGGUCAUGUUGUCCCUGCGCGCCGCGGUGUUUCUGGCUCUUGUGUCCGUGUGUGCGGGCCGGGCGGCGGGCGGCUGCGGGCCGUGUGACCCGGCUGUGUGUGACCCGCUGCCGGCGGACGGCUGCCCGGCCGGGACGCUGCUGGACCCGUGCGGCUGCUGCUCGGUGUGCGCGGCCGGGGAGGGGGAGCGCUGCGGCGGCCGCGGAGCCGCGGCGCGCCGCUGCGCCUCCGGACUCGAGUGCGUCAAAAGCGACAAGAAGAGCAAAGUGGGAGUUUGCGCCUGCAAGAGCAACUACGAGGUCUGCGGCUCCGACGGCGUGACUUACCGGACCGCGUGCGACCUGAAGGCGGCCAGCGCGAGCGCGCUGCGCGAGGAGCGGCCCGAGAUCAAGAUCCAGAACAAGGGCAGGUGUCCCUCAGCUCCUGUCAUCAUCACUCCUCCAGGUGAGGUCUACAACGUCAGCGGCUCUCAGGUGUACCUGAGCUGCGAGGCCAUCGGCAUCCCGACGCCCGUCGUCACCUGGAAGAAGGUGGUCAGCGGGAAGGGGAGGGUGGAGCUUCUCCCAGGAGAUCGAGACAAUCUGGCGAUCCAAACCCGAGGAGGCCCGGAGAAACACGAAGUGACGGGCUGGGUGCUGAUCUCGCCGCUCACCCGAGACGAGGCGGGUUCCUACGAGUGUCACGCCGCCAACUCCCAGGGCGAGGCGUCGGCGGUGGGAACCAUCCACGUGGUCGAGUCCAUCGACGAGAUCCCGGUCCAGAAAGUGGCCAAAGACGGCGAGCUGUGAGGCGCAGACGCAUCAUCAGGAGGCGACGGCGGCUCAAACUAAACAUUCGAUGCUUUUUAAUGUAGUUUCCUGUUUUUCUCUUUCAUUGCAGCUUUUUUCUGAAGCUUUCUGCUGAAGCUUUCUGCUGAGGCUUUCUGCUGAGGCUUUCUGCUGAAACUUUCUGUUGAAACUUUCUGCUGAAGCUUUCUGCUGAAGCUCUCUGCUGAGGCUUGGUGGCGACUGGAAUGCACCUUGCUUGUUUUUUUCAGAGAUGACCAGCCGUUUAUUUGAGAAAUUAAAAAUUAAUGAAAAAAUCCUUUCCUUUUGGAUUCAUUCAAAGAACUAAUUUGCGAUGUAAACUCUUUCCUUUGGCCUCAGCGACUGAUCUGAACUGACACGCUGACUCUUAUUGUGAAGCUUAGCUAAGAAAACACCACGGCUGGCUCUUAUUGUGAAGCUUAGCUAAGAAAACACUACAGCAGGCUCUUAUUCUGAAGCUUAGAUAACCAAACAGGAAAAGCUUGUGUUGAAAUUUCUUUUGAAAAGAGGAUUUGUGCUGGAAUGUGCUCACAUGCUCUCUGCUCAUGUUUAUGCUUCAGUUUGUCAAUAAAGUUUUAAAGACAAACUUG